AUGAUGAUGGUGAUGAUGAGUGUGGAGGAUGUACUGCUCUUCCUUACACACCAAAUUGACACCACAACAGAAUUUAAACUGUGUGUGGACAGAGAAGACCUUCUUGACAGGGGCAUUCUCCAAUGGAAAAGGAAGAAAACUGCAUCUCCUGCAAGUGCUCUGAAGGUGGUCUAUAUAGGAGAGGCAGGCAUUGAUACAGGAGCACUUAGAAAAGAGUUUCUGACUGAAAUGAUUUCAGGUAUAGAAAACCGAUUCUUCGAAGGAGCUGGGAACCAGGGUAAAAAUCCCAAGUACUCUUUGUCAGACCUUGAUAAUGAGAAUUUCAGAACUAUUGGCGAAAUAAUGGCAGUCAGCCUUGCACAAGGUGGCCCACCUCCUGCUUUUUUGAAAGAGUGGUGCUACAACUUCCUCUGCACAGGAGAGAUUGACUUUCACUCUCUGUCUAAGGAGGAUGUGGCUGAUCUAGAAUCCUGUCUACUCAUCAGCAGAGUCGAAAAUUCCACAGAUGUCCAGUCUCUGAUGAUGUAUGCUGAUGAAAUUGUCAGCUGUGGAUACACAAGCCAGAUCAAACUGGACAGCAAGGAAAGCAUAAUUCGAGCAAUUAUCCUACAUUCUACAACAAGAUUGAUUCCAAUGCUACAGCAACUGAGAAAGGGCAUGGGACUGUAUGGCCUGGUGGACCAGAUGGCCUCAAACCCUGCAGCUUGCCACUCCUUGUUUGUUCCUGGGAAGAUUACCAAACCUGAUGCUGAUUUCAUAAUGAUGAACUGCCAGCCACAUUACAGUGAAAGGGGGUCAUCUAAGGAAAGAGCUGAGAGGAAGAUUAUCAACUUCCUCCAAGAUUUCUUAGAAGAGCUUGAAAUGCCAGAUGGGGAGACAGACAGUGCAGCUGAUGACACAGAACCUCUUGCAGUGCCACAUGUGCUCCAGUGGAUGACAGGGCAAUCCCACAUCCCCAUCCUGCCUGGUGAAAAGAGACAUUUCAAAAUAACAUGCAACUUUGACCAUGAAUGCAGGGAAAGGCUUGGAGACCACUUGGUUUGCUACCCAACAGUGAGUGCAUGCACGCAGACUGUGACUUUUCCAAUACAGCAUCUUAGCACUUACACUGAGUUUAGAAGAAUCAUGAGUGAAGCAGUGCAAUAUGGUGGUGGAUUCCACAGAGUUUAACAGUUCUAGCUUUACUCAAACAAAAAGUUAUUAAUAUGCCAAUGGCUGUUUGUUUUUGUUAUUCAUUUAUUUGUUCAUUUUUUCCCAAUACUUCAUACAGGAUUUUUAAUGUGCACUUGUUGGAAAACCUCUUGAAUGUCUGUAAAACAAAG